UACCAGUUAUCAUGCAUGGUCUUUCAAACUAUGACUCGCACAUGAUAAUACCAGAAAUGGCUUACGACAAUAAAGACAUUACUGUUAUAGCACAAUCCGAAGAAAAAUAUAUUUCGUUCAGUAAGACAAUAAGCGAUUAUUUUCAACUUCGAUUUAUAGAUUCAUAUCGAUUUUUGCAAGCGAGUUUGUAUCAACUUACAACCACCUUGACUUUACCUGAUUUUGCACAUACAUUAAAUGUCUUUAAAUCGUUGGAGUUGGUCACACGGAAAUCGGUUUUCCCAUACGAAUACGUAGACAGUUGGGAAAAACUCGACGAAAAUCAGUUGCCAACCCGCGAAAAUUUUUACAGUUCCAUUACGAAAAAUACAGUAUCCGAAGAGGACUAUGAACAUGCAAAAAAAAUGUGGCAACACUUUGAAUGCAAAACUAUUGGUGAUUAUAGUGACAAGUAUUUACUUGUCGACGUUAUGGUACUUGCUGACAUAUUUGAAAAGUUUCGCGCGGAGAGUUUAAAAAAUUAUUCUCUGGAUCCCACUCAUUAUUACUCAUGUCCAGCCCUAUCAUUUGAUGCUAUGUUAAAAUAUACUGAUGUCAACAUUGAAUUGAUAACAGACCCAGAUAUGUUAUUAAUGUUUGAAUUGGGUAUACGUGGAGGUUUGACACAAGUCAAUCAGCGGUAUGCUCGAGCAAAUCAUCCAGGUAUCUCUGACUACAAUCCCAAUAUUCCACAUAAAUAUCUUCAAUACCUAGAUGCUACAAAUUUAUAUGGAACAGCAAUGAUGGAACCGAUGCCACUUGGUAAUUUUGAAUGGUCAACUGUUACAUUGGAGGAAAUACUUGACACAGCUGAGGAUGCUGAUCAUGGAUAUCUUGUGCAAGUCGAUGUAGAUUAUCCACAACAUUUACAUGAUUUACACAACGAUUUACCAUUUUUUCCGGUAAACGAGCGACCACCUCUACCGUCUGCCAAAUACAAAAAACUGAUGACCACAUUGUUUCCAAAACGUAAUUACGUUGUACACUAUCGAACAUUAAAGCAAGCGGUAAAACACGGUGUGGUUAUCACAAAACUGCAUAAAGUCAUAAAGUUUAAACAAUCUCGAUGGUUGGCACCCUACAUCCAAAUGAAUACAGAAUUACGUAAAAAAGCCUCCAACAAGUUUGAACAAGAUCUACCAAAAUAUAUGAUCAACUCCAACUAUGGUAAAACAUUGGAAAACGUGAGAAAACAUCAAAAUAUUCAACUUGUUUGUAACGAAGAUAAAUUAUCAAAACUGGUAGCGAAACCGUCGUUUGGUCACACCACAAUAUUUAAUGAAAACCUUGUAGCUGUACACAUGUAUAAAGAAAAAAUUAAUUUUUUUAAACCCAUUUUUAUUGGACAGGCCGUGUUGGAUAUUAGUAAAUGUAUCAUGUACAAGUUUCAUUAUGAUAUAAUGCAACCAUUUUAUGGUCCUGAAAGACUUAGACUCGUGUAUAUGGAUACAGACAGUUUUAUUUAUUUAAUAUUAACGCAUAGUUUUCAGGAUGAUUUGAAAAAAUAUCUGUUUGAAUACUUCGACACUUCCAACUAUCCCACUGAUCAUCCAUGUUACAGUGAUAAACGUAAAAAACAACCGGGUACAUUUACCGACGAAUGUAAAGGUAUGCAUAUGGAGGAAAUUGUUGCACUUUUGCCCAAAGUCUAUGCGUACCUGAUUGCCUACAAAAAUUAUAAAAACGUUUUGCGGCAAGAAGAAGUGAAGCGAUUGAAGGGUAUUAGUAUGGGUGUAGUGAAACAUGAAAUAAAUAUGGUUGACUAUUUAAAUUGUUUGCGAAAUAAACUAAAACAAAUUCACAAGAAAAUUUCCAUCAUACGUUCAAAACAUCACAAUGUUUUGACGGUAGAAACGAGGAAACUCGCAUUGUCCAACAACUAUGACAAGCGUGCAAUAGUCGGUGACGAGUUUGAGUAUAAAAAUGUAUAUACAAAAGCGUGGGGACAUUAUUCUUUAAAUACAUAACAAUUUAUUUUGUAUAAAAUAUAUUAUUGUAUUUAGUAUUUUAUUAACAAUAUAUGUCA